CUCCGCAUUAGCGCUCGCGUCCAGAGCUCCACCAAACGCCAAACCGAGCAGCAACUGCGCGCAUGUCUGACUUCAACGCAUCGAUGUUGCAAGGCAAGCGGAACAUAAACUUCGCGCACACUUUGGAAGAAACCAUUUAGCCAACGCUGUUUUUCCCCUCCUUCCGUUCGGUGAGGAGGAGAGCCGGCCCGCCGCUGUAGGCAUGCUCAGCUGAAGGGUCUUGCAGUUGCAGCCGCUCGCAGACACUGACGCCGGGCGCAGGCGAACUGCGACGGCCGCGCCAAACGAGCACCAGUGAUGGCCUCUGCUGAGCAGCUGUGUCUCCACCUGCUGCACCAGCACUACCCAUAGGCCACACACAUACACGCAUACACACGCCUUUAGCCUCCCUUUCCAACACUGUCCAUACACACACACACUCAACCAUGUACAGUGUGGAGGACCUCCUGAUCUCUCACGGAUACAAACUGCCCAGGAGUGGCCCUGCCUCUUCCGCUUCCACCGCACCUUAUGACAAUCGAAACAACGAAUGUCGCCGUGAGAACGUAGAGAACCGGCCUGCUGGUGGUGCUGGUGGCGCUCUGAACGGAUUCGGGACGGCCGAGGGGGGAGCGGACGGCAGGACGGAAGCGGGCACGGGGGUGUACAGACCGGCGCCUGUCAAGGCCUAUCCGGAAAACAACAACAACAUUAAUGAAGGCCAUGAAAGAAUUCAGAGGAGAUUGGAGGUUCCCAUUGCUUUCCUUGGUGACCUGCAACCUUUGGGUGAUUCUCUUGCUACAGAUAGCGGGUUCUAUGAUGCUCCCAGCCUGACGUUGUCUGAGCAUGCAGAUGAGAGGGAUCUUUCAUUCUGGAGAAGGAGGGGACAGGACUUUAGUGCUCUAUUGGACUAUGCUGAUCCCAGGGAACUCAGAGUGUCUGGGGGAUUGUGGCGAGGCCCCGUGCUAGCUGUCGAGGAGCUGAGAGCUGAGAGGCCACUGGCACGGUGGGAGGAAGGGCCAUGGAUACGAGAACCAAUAGACACAGGCCCAGAGACUUUACGAGUGUCUGGGGAGCGCAAAUGCCAGAGCCUUGGCACAGAGGAGUGGCGCCCUGCAGUGGGCUUGGGCCGGCAGCUUUCAGAUGGGGAGGCUGAACACUGGUCUCUGGAGCAGCAACACCGCCUUCGGCUAGCAGAGAGCGGUGUGUCUGCUGCAGUUCGAGCCAAGUCCCAAUCCCUCCCUCGAGUUCUUUCCCCCGAGGAUCCACACUAUGGAGAACUGCCUCAGACUGGUGGCCCAAAUCAUCCCCCCACACAAAGAAGCAGCAGCUCUGCUCCAUAUGGUAGAUAUUACAAUGAAUGGCCAGCCGGGGAGAGGUGGAGCGGUCAGACACAAAGUCACGGCCCUGCCGCAGUUGUACCAAAGCCACGGUUCAGCCGCCCCAUCAAACCUCCGUCUUAUGAGACUCACCAGCAAAACAAGGGGAGCUGGGAAACUCUAUCGUCUGAACCUGUGUCCAAGCCCAGAGACCGGCCAGUGUGCUUCUCUCAGAAUUUUGAACCACUCAGAGACAGGUCUGGUUGUUAUUCUCAGAGUGCCGAACCUCUAAGAGAUCGUUCCAUUUGCUUUUCACAGAGCGCAGAACCACUCCGAGACCGCUUGAUGAGCCACUCUCAAAGUGCUGAACCACUACGAGACCGAUUUAUCAGUCAUUCGCAAAGUGCAGAACUUUUACGGGACCGUUUUUUCACCCACUCGCAUAGCGCAGACCUGUUGAGGGAUAGAUCACUUUGUUACUCUCAGAGCUCAGAACUGCUUCGUGACAGGUCCAUUUGUUACUCCCAAAGUGCAGAACUUCUUAGACCAGAAGCAUACAGGGCAGAUCUUUUUUAUCAUGAACUAACUGGCAUGGAGCCGCCUGGUUAUAUCCCACCUCCCUCCUAUAGGAGAUUCCUGCCACCCAGGAGUGGACAGAACUACCGAGCAGACUCUGCACUUGUUCGAUGGAAGCGUGAGCCUGUGAGUGCAGAGAUGGGACAGUGGUUUUCCAGGACUUCAGGAUUGUCGUGGUCAGAACGCCGUGAGGACCGAAGCAUGGCAGUAGUUCCGAGAAGGCCUGUUCAUCCAGGCCCUGUUGUACCGAGCCGCCAGGGACUCGCCCAGUAUGUCCCGUUCGAUGACCCACGUAUCAGGCACGUCUCAGGGGGGGCCUGUGGAAACUCUCUCACAGACACGGACAAGAUCCGAAACGUCAACAAAGAGCUUCCCUGCGCUGCAACUUUAGGACAAUCCACAAAUGAAAGUGCCUUUCUCCCUUCACAGGGACAGAGUCUUAGCAUGGACACUAGCAAACCGGCUCCCACCGAACAGGAGAACGCUAACCGCUGGCACAAGGGGAUGAAUAAAGGCAGUGACGCUGCAGUACCCGAUCAGAGCUGUGCCAAGUACCCCGCAGCCUUUCAGACCAGACCCCUGCAACCAAUCAUUAAAACAGCGCCAGACCAGCAGAAUAAAGUAGACAGAGUUGCAGACCAGGUGAAGGUUGAGAGAAUAACAGAGCAGGUCAAAGUGGAGAGAGGUGCUGAACAGAUAAGAACAGACCAGGUCAAAGGAACAGAGCAAAUGAAAACAGAUCGAGUUGCAGAACAAAUCAAAUUGGAAAAACCUACGGAAGUCAAACCAGACAGGUUCACAGACAAACAACUAAAGGUGGAAAGAUUAGCCGAUCUUAUACAAGUAGACAGGAUCCCAGAUCCAGUCAGGGCUGACAGAUAUACUGAUAAACAAAUUAAGCCUGAAAUCAAAUUAGAGAAAAUGCCUGAAAAGACUGUUAAAGCAGAAAGAAUUUCAGACAAGCAAAGUAAAGCUGAAAGACUUCUAGAAAAACACUUAAAGAUAGAUAAAAUUCUAGAAAAACAACUCAAAGCAGACAAAAUGUUAGAAAAACAGAGCAAAUUUGACAAAUUUUCUGACAAGUUGAGUAAGGCUGACAAGCAGGGAAAGUCAGAUAGCAUUGCGGACCAGAUAAAAGCUGAGAAGAAUGCUGACAAGUCUGGAAAAGAUAAAGGUUCUUCAGAGAGUGUUUCUACUGUAAAGACAGAACCAGUUCAGGAACCCGAGAAGAAGAGUGUGAAAAAGAAACUCAGCGAAACUAUUUUCUGCCUUGUGUCUGUGCCACUUUCACAGUCCAGUGCAAAAUCUAGAGAUCAAAACAACAAUGAAGAGAAAGAACCAGACUCUCCUCCAAUUCCUCCCCCUCCUCCGCCAAGCUCCUCCAGUGAGAACAGCAACACUCUCGGCUCCCUUCCAAACCAAAGCCUCAAAAGCACAUCCACCACCUCUACUGACUUGGAGCUGCAAGCACUCACGCUAGGCUCUUCUGGACUGGGCAGUGGGUCCAGUAGCAUAGCUACAAGGAGAGCUCAUCGCAGAAGGAACUCGCGCUCCAGGAUCAUUAAGCCAAAUCCGCACGAUGAGCUCAGGCGGUAUUCUGGGGCUUGGCCAGGGGAUCAGUACCGUGAUCAGGAGACCCAGACAAGCCCCGAGCCAACAAAGAGCAAUGCAAUCCCAGGUCCUACAAACACAGAAGCACAAGAUGCUCCUGCCACCCCAGAGGUACCAGCUCCUGCUGAGAGUACAACGGUGGCUCCAGGGGCUGCUCCAAGCGCCACAGGGGCUCCAUCAGCUCCAUCGAUUUCAUCAGGUCCACCAGCUCCAACAGCUACAGCAGCUCCAGCAGCUUCAGGAGCUCCCGACCCCAGCACCCCUUACGGUUAUCCUAUGAAAGGCCAGAAAAGCCUAAAACCAUCCAGCAACAGCGCCUUUUCACGGACAGGUACCUUCUCCAAGAGCACAGGUUCUCACAGACCUCCGUUACAUCCCCCGCCACACCCUCCACCACCACCUCCAAACCAGCCUCCAUCUCAACCUCCACCUCCCCCACCAACACAGCCCCCAACUCAGUCCCCACCAUCAGAACAGACUGAAGAAGCAAAGUCAGCCACAGGCCCAAAUCCAGAGGCCUUUGGUCAGUUCUUGCUUAAGCCGAUAAGCCGGCGACCUUGGGAUGCCAUUGAAGAGCUUGAGACCAUUAAUAAAGAGAUGCAAGAUCAAGCUGGUAAGAGGCCCAGCGUGGACCAGUGCAUUGAGGAUCUUAAUGAGGCCUACAAAGAUAUAAUGGAGCUCAGCACUGCCAGCAAUAACCUUCCUACUCUUCCCAACCGUCCCUCCAUGCAAAUCCCUGACCGCAUCAAAUCCAGGCUAUCUACAGAUCCACUUGGAAUGCCUGCAACUGCACUUCGCCCCAGCUUGGUGCCUGGAAGUGACCCAGAAUACAGGGAGGUGAAGAGUGCCUUUUCCCGACCAUCAACCGGGAAGAGCGUUAGCUUCAGCAAACAGCUGAGAGAGGAGAUUUGUCCUGCUCCUCCCCCUCCAGAACCAGGUUUCAGAGAUUACAAAGCUGUCAUGUCCCAGAUAACACAACGCAAAGCCUGCAGAUCAGUGAAGCUGGAAAUGAUAGCCUCCAGAGAGACCCAAAGAGAUGAGGAUUUGAUCAUCCUAACGGCCCCCUCCUCUUCCUUGGGAGCCGAGAUCCCGUGGGCAGACAGACAGCCCAUGCAAGAUGCAUCCACACUGACCAGUCCCCCAGACUAUGAGCACAUUUGUCAAACUCUCCAAAUGGCUCGUGAGUCUGGAGCUGUCAGCCGAGCUUCUGUUAAAUCCAAACCAGGAAGCGCCUUGAGCGUUGAAACCCCUCAGCAUAUGCCCAUACCUGGUAGGCCACCCAUAGAUUCAGAGCAGCCAUGUUGUUCUUCAGCAUUAGAGGUAAGACAGGAGCCUGACACUUUAUUCAGGGAGGAAAGAAGCUUGGGCUUUAGGAGGGUAACAAGUCAGUCUAACAGAUUCCUUAAUAAUAGGGGAGCACUGUGUGGCAUUACUACUGGAAAGCCUAGUGGUGACAAAGCAGGUUUAGAGGCUAAUCCAGAGGUACCCGCUGAUUGGCAGAUGCAACUAUCGCUAGCUGAGAAACAUAUUGCGACACUUAUUACAGGAGAGGGUUUAGGAGAGGACCAUGAUGAAGCAAAAAAAGUUAAUGGUGAUAAAGAUGUUCCUGGCAGCGCGUCAGCUGAGAAUGAAGCUAGCAAAAUUGUAGGGAGUGAUGUUAAAGAUGAUCUUGCCGCUUCUGAGCAGAAACAGUCAGAAGUGCCAGAGAAAGAAAUAAGACAAUUGGAAAAACUUGAAAGUUCACCACCUAAAAAGAUAGAGGAUGUCACAGCAGAGGAAACCUCUAAAGAGAAGACACAAACAGAGGAAAAAUGUGAUCACAAAGACCCCAAGGCUGAAGAAAUUGAGCAAAUGAGUAAUACGAUCACAGAGAUGAUGAAGGAACCAGAUGUGACUUUGAGGGCAAAUAAGGCUGCAAUGUGGACCCAUUCAGGUUUGGAUCCAGAGCAGCGACCUGAAUUUCCACCAGAACACCUUCCCCUAUCUGUGUUACCUUCCACUAAUCGUAGAUUAUCUCUAGGGCUGGACUGGGAGAAAAGUGGGUGGGAAGGGGAAAGUUUAGGCCAAGGUGGCUUCUGGUCCAAAGAGAGGCGGUCUCUCGAUGCUGAACGAUGGGGUGUUGAUGAGGGGACGUGGGGUGACAAACAGGAAGGAGCUGGUGAAAAACUGGGUUUGGGGGGUUGGCGUGGGUGUGGGAUAGAUGGGAAAGGUACAGAUGAUUCAGACUGUGAGACGGAUACUAAUAAACAGGACGUUGGGGACAAAAAAGAGGUUUCGGACAUGAAACAGAAAACAGUUAGUGAAGAUCGUAGCAGCCCAGCCUCUAGCACUGAUAAAGUGCAGCAUAAACAAGAUGCUGCUAAAGAAGGCAGUGAUAAGGGGCAGAUUCGAGGUCUAGAAGGGAGUCAGUAUUCAAGUAUAGAGAGACGAAGCCGUGGACUUUCCCAAAGAAUAGAGGCUCUUUUUAUAGCCCCACCUGGGCACGGCUCAGAGGAGAGGCUUGCCCGCAUGAGGGAGGUGGACACUGUCUCACGAAUGAGACGACUGAGCCUUCGCAGCGCAGACUCUUGGGAUGGACUGCAGGGGGUGGGGAGGUGGGGCGAGUUUGGGAAAGAGGAAGACAUCCCCCUUCUAAGCUCACAGGAACCUUCAAACAUCACAAAGGAAGAUGUCCUUCCUGCAGUUACCAGUGAACCUAAAGAAUCUACAAACGAUCAGGCAACUCCAAAAGAGUCCCAGGAGCCCAGCCAGGCAGAGAGGUCAUAGCUUAAUCCUAGAGGUCAGAGGUCAUCCAGCUAAGGGCCAGCCUCCAGCACUGUGACCUGGCUGUCUACAAAAUGCCUUCAUCCUCAUAUGCUACUGAAACAUCCUCAGACGUCGACUUGCACGCACAAACACACACGAAAACACCCGAGAGAUGCGUCUCUAAUGCUAAUAUUUGCAGAAACAUUCAUACACGUCACACAGACACGCCCAACAGACACACGGACACUCAUUCUCAUGUAUGCAGACGCUCACAUGCAAUCAGAACACAUUCAAACACCUCGCCACACUGAGACAUCUGAAAUGGCCUUCUAUUCCGACAAUAGUAUUGUGUAUCAACUCCACUCCAAGCCCACUCUGUUCCAGCUCUGCUGGCUUUCUAAGUGUUGCUGUUCCACUGCCAGAAGGAGGCAAGUUCCCAACAAUGCCCCCCCUCCAUAUGUUACUGUUGUCAUCAUGUCCUGGUUUUUCUGUCAGUUGUCACCAUUGCCGUCUUUCCCCACAAAUGAUGUAAAGGUUGGUUUAUUGAAUAUGGUUUGGUGGGUUUCUCAACAACAGUGCUAGGUUGUUGUUGUAUAACCAAAAACGUAUGAAGUCUCUCUUUCUCUACAGACUAAAAAGUAUGACAGAACAAUCAGCAGAGUUUAAAACCAGCCACAACCAACCCCACAAGUCCCUUCCUCACAUAUGUGCAUGUACCCCUCAGUCUCAGUUUUCUUACGUAAACUUUCGUCUUACUAACAUUGCUUACGCUUACCAAUUUCUCAUUCGUCUAGACAGUGUUAUCUCUGCACACCAAUGUUUUGCGAACACCUUGCAAUGUGUAUAGUUGUGUCCUCAUCGUCCUCAUUGUUCAACUGGCUUCACUUCUUACUAUGAUCACAGAUCAUUUAAUUUGUAAGCGUUGUUAUUCCCUGAAGUUGAGUUAAACCCAUAUUACAAAGCAGUCACCACUCUCUGUUCUAACCAGGCAAAAGCAGUUUGUCCAUAUUGGUUUUUGUAGGGCUUCACAAUAUAUUGAAAUGGCAGAAAUAUCGCAAAUAUGCAUACCACAAUAUGCAAUAUGGUAUCGUAAUGGUUUGCAAGACCAUUUUAGACAUAAUAACAGAUUUGAACAAACUGAGACCCAGUGUUUAUGAAAAAAUAUUAAUAAUUAUUUAUUUGAAUUUAUUAGGGCUGUCACAACUUCAUGGUAACAAUGGUCAAAAUAAUUCAUAUAUCAUGAUAUCUAUUUACUUUUUUAACUUUCUUAUAAACAAAUAAUGCUGUCAGUCAAUCUUUCAUUUAAGUUAGUUUCAUUUGUGUUUUCUCCUUUUUGGCCAUUUAAAAUUCGCAUUAAAACAAGUGCUGAAUUAUUUACGAUAUUAUCAUAUGUGCAGAUUUAACACAAUGUCUACAAUCAUGGUUUUUAAUAUCCAUUAUUUUCAAUGCUGGUAUAUUGUGUCACCCCCUAAUAAGCAUUAUUGUAUUAUUUGAAAUAACAUAUCUCACUUUUCUUCACACGAAUGGCUUGUCUAGUCAACUUUUUAUUAACUUGGAAGAGCUUGCCGCUUUACCUGGUUAGAAAACAGUGAGAUUACUUUACCUAUAAACAAGCAGUACCUUAACCCAUUGAAUCCACCCACUAAAACGUCAUAACUUAAUCAGUCUGCGGGGGCAGCCUCUACCCCAAACGUCCCAUGCCUCUCCUCUGUCAACAUCAUGGACAUCUCUUGUCGUUUGUUGGAACGCGUGGUCCGCUUCUGGAGUUCUUUUGGGGGGUGCGGUCACCCUUCUGUCUAAUGUGUUACUGUUUGAGGAGACAAGAAUGUUUUGUAAACGCUUUUAAAAUUUUGGUAUAUAUUUAUUUUGACUUUACCAAAACCGUCGACUUACGAGAACUGUUACAUUUUUUUAAUUAAGUAUUUUUACCAUGUUUAUGCGUCACCUGAGCUGUUUUGCUCCAAAUCAUGAGUUCCACGUGAGGUGGCAGGAGAAGACGCUCAAUGGCUCUGAACUGUUUUCAUUUUCCAAUGAAUCGAUCAAAGAAACCGUAUCGCUCUUGGUUGUGAACCCAUAGUGCCCGAACUGUUCAGCACACUGUAACAUACACCCCUGAGCGCAGAGAGCUUUGUACAGCAUUGAUUCAAAUCAGAAAUGUAUCGCAGGUCAAACGGAGACCUGGGUUGGAGGAACGGUUCAGUAUUUGAUGUAUCAACUUUAAAAGCACCUUGUUAACAUUUUUGUCGCGAUUGGAUUCGAAGCGAAUUUUUAGCUAUCGAGUGGCCUUUUUGAAACACCAGUAACGAUAAGCCUAAACGAAUUACAAACACCACCAAAAUGUUUGAUAUUUUACGUGUCCAAACGUGCAUCAUGUUUUGAAUGUUUGUCUGAUAUAUCAAAUAGGCUACCUUAAGUGAUGUAGUGUGACCCAGGUUUCACCCAGGUGUGAUGUUAAAUUUAGGGAUUCUUUUCAAGCGAUGUAGACUUUGAGAAAACAGGGUCCAAAUACGAACACAAUGACACACGUUAGCCACUGUAACGUUGCGUGUUUAUGCCCUAAACACCCCCCCCCCCUCCAGGUAACUUUCUGGAAGCAAUAAAUGCUCACGAGUGAUUUAAUGAAAAAGCUACACGUGUACAGAUAGUUCGGUUAAACGUAGAUGGUUGCGAAGUAGAGGUCAGGACUAGAUAUGUAAUGGCUUGGAUUAGUUUAGGUGAACGAUACUAUAUGAUAAUGUGUGAUAUGUACGGAACAAUUUUGCUAAUUUUAGGAAAAACGAAAAAUUUAAAAUACCAUAUGUUAUGGAUUGGAGCGAUGUGAUAGCCUACUUUAUGACAUCAUAAUGCAUGAAAGCUUGAGCAAUAUUGUCCAACGCAACCGCUCAUUGGCUGUAGAAAGUCUCGAAGACGGGAUGUACUCGUGUUUAAAAGUCAUUCAUCCAAAUGUCACUCAUAAAAAAAGCGUUUCACGUCAUGUGUAGGUGCGUGCGUGUGUGUGUUCGCUUGCUUCUUUCUGUCAUAGUGCCGUCCAUGUGAUUAAAAAAAAGGCAUUUCACUGAAUACUUAUUUUUGUUAUCAUUGAAAUUGUUAACCAGUCUGCAUAAUGUAUAAAAUAAAAGUAUAUUUUAAAUAUUUUUAAAGAUAUUUUGUAUUUAACCAUAAUGAUUAAUUUCUUCGCUCUUGGAUCAAGUUGGCAGUGUUAUGUUGCUGUAUAGAAUGAUAAGAAAAUGAUAUAAUUUUGUAGCGCUUCAAGAAAAAAAUUAAACGAGAAAAAAAAGGUUGGGCAAAUUUAACUUGAAUGUUUACAGAGACCUCAUUGUCUCAUUUUGGCUCUCGGAACUUGGACUGAUAGGGGGUCAUCAUUGUAAACGUUGGAAGGGAAUGACAGGAUUAUGUUUUUUUAUUUUUUGAGUUUGUAGUAACAGUUGAUAUUUGAGACUCUGUAUAGCUGUAAUGUUUUAUUGCAUUUACACAACAAAUCGGAUAUUCAGUGGUCCCAGCUGCCUAUCAUACGGUUUCCGUUACAGCAAAGUGCAUACAACAGAAAAUGUGACUUUGUUUGGUCUUAAUUACGUUCUUCAAAGCUAAAUGUGGCCUUAUUUUAUUUGAGCAUUUGUACGUCUUCCAUUCAGAAUUAUGUAUCAUCACAAGCUCGUGCCAACAGUUUUCUACAAAGAAAUAAAAAGAAACCAAUAAAUAGUCUUUAGAUCUCAGCCAAAUAUUUAUUUCUUUGCAAAUACGAUAAGCUGACGUUUGGAUGAACAGGAUGAUUUGUAGCACACUCGCAGGAUCUGUUCCCUCUUUCACUGAAAAGGCCAUAACUGCUAUGAUUUCAAGCUGUUUCCAUGAACUAUGUAGCAUUUUUGCCAUUGUAGCAUUCAAAUGUGAAAUAGCCACUGAAUCAUACUACUUUUAUUUUCAUUUCUAUCAGGAGUCAUGACAAUAACACUGUCUGUUUCUGAAACCCAAGCUGCUUGUUGCGUUUUCAUGCCAAGAGUGUCAUAACUUAAAUUUUUAAUGCUAAUUUUUUAUCAUCUGACAUUUCUGGAUAUCAUGGUUUGCAUUUGCAUAUACAUAAGGUUUUUGGUUCCAUGUUUGUAAAUGUUUUAGGCAUUUAAAAUGUAAAUAUGUGACAUAUAAGGAUGAAAAAAAUCAAAUUUAAUAAACAUUUUCUACAAUUUAAUGCUGUGGUUAUAUAUCUGCAGUAGAUAUGUUUUGGAUUGCUUUAUUUUCUUUGCUGAAGUUCAUAGAUUUUGCAUCUGUUGAACCUUCUAGAGAAUCUUGUUUUUAAAUGAG